UCGUUUCUUUCCUCUCGCCGCCGCCGCCGCCGCCGGACCAGCCCCGCCGCUGUUUGCUCCGCCCCUGAAAUACGACCCGGCGGCGCGAUUGGGAAGCAAACCCUCGGCAUACUGUACUGCCUCUCUCUCUCUCUCUCUCUCUCUCUCUCUCUCUCUCUCUCCGGCGGACGUGCUCUGUGCUUCGCUUUCCCCGUCUGUGGUUGGUCGGUGGCUUGGAUCGGCAUGGAUUCGACGACGACGACGACGCCGAAGCCGGUGUGCGCGGAGGAGGCGCUUGCGCUGCUGAACUGCGCGGCCGAGUCCAGCUACGACCGCGACAAGUGCCUCGCCGCCCUCGACGCCCUCCGCGCCUGCAUCGCCCAGAAGAAAGUGAAGAAAUUUUCCCUGGCUGAGGCAAGCUCCACAGGCACCUCUGAAACUCCAAAAGGAAAAUAGAAGCGGGCUGAAAAUUAGUCAAGAACAUCUAGCAUUACAUCUUUCUUUUUCAGCAAAUAGGUUGCUGUGUUUUGUUAUGAGAUUAUUGUUGUAGUAUUUUCAAAUCAUCCAAUACUACAAUUCAAUAUGUUGGCUGGAAAAUUUAUGCAAAAACCAAUUGGCACGUUUGAGCAGACCGAUGGAGUGUGAUGCGGUUUGGCCUGAGUGUCCGAAAACGUUGUGCUGUUUUAAUAAGCAAUCUAUCUAAAUUGUAAUGUACAUUGUGACGAUCAAAUGCUUUACUACAUCUAUGAUACCAUGUGUAUCAUAUACAA